AUGUCAAGAGGGCACCAUAUAUUCUUCGAAGAGGGAACCAAACGUGGGCGCAAAUUUGACAAGCUAAAGAACUCGGAUUUGGAUGAUCAUCGUGAGGAGGAGGCUGGCGAUCGCUGCAUUAUUACUCAUCGGCGCAGCAGCAAUAUUGCUUCGGCAUCGGAUUCGGAGAUUUAUAAUCCAGCAGCGCCUAAGUAUGACGCGAGCAAUUCUCUAAUGGUGUUGGAAGAUCGUUGUCCUUUCGAGCCUUCGACGUCCAAUUCUCCUUUCUCCAAGUCGCCAUGGUCAUGCCACAUGAGUCCUCGACCUCAUGAUCCUUCGUCGACCGAUGCAUCCGGAAACGCACUCCUCGGCAUGCUGGUCCGCAAAGAAGGCCCUAUCUACUCGAUGGCCGCCACGGGGGACUUGCUGUAUACUGGUUCCGACAGCAAGAACAUUCGGGUUUGGAAGAAUCAUCAAGAGUUUUCUGAGUUCAAAGCGGACAGCGGUUUAGUUAAAGCAAUAGCCAUUGCUGGGCGGAGAGUCUUUACAGGUCAUAAAGACGGAGGGAUUCGAGUUUGGAAGAUGUCAAAGAAAAAUGAAAGCGUUUACAAGCGUGUAGGGACGCUACCAACCAUGGGAGAUUACAUCAAAAGCUCGAUGAAACCCAAGAAAUACGCAGAAGUGAGGCAUCAUCAUAGCGUGGUGUGGAUCAAGCACUACGAUGCCAUCUCGUGCCUUAGCUUGAGCGAAGAUGGAUCUUUGCUUUAUUCAGCUUCCUGGGAUAAAACCUUUAAAGUUUGGCGAAUCUCAGACUCCAAGUGCUUGGAAUCUGUCACUGCUCAUGAUAAUGAUGUGAAUUCCUUGGUUGCGGGUUUUGACGGCUUGGUAUUCACUGGCUCUGCUGAUGGUACUAUCAAGGUUUGGCGGAGAGAAAUACAAGGCAAGGGAACGAAGCAUUUCUUUUCUCAAACAUUGUUAAAGCAAGAGUGUGCGGUGACAGCAUUGGCCAUUAACCCUAAAUCCACUAUUGUUUACAGUGGAUCAUCGGACGGGCUUGUUAACUACUGGGAGCGCGAAAGCUCUCUGUCUCACGGGGGCGUUUUGAAAAGCCAUAGAUUGGCAGUGUUAUGCAUAGCCACGGCUGGGGACCUAGUGUUUAGCGGAUCCGCGGACCUGGUAAUAUGCGUGUGGAAGAGAACGUCGGCGGGAGAGCACACUUGCCUGUCGGUGUUUACAGGCCACACCGGGCCGAUCAAGUGCUUGGCAGUGGAAAAGGAUAUGGAAUCCAAGUCAUCGGAAGAGCAGCGGUGGAUUCUUUACAGUGGCGGUUUGGACGAGUCCGUGAGGGUGUGGAAGCUUUCGGAGCAAGCGCCAAACAACAUAGUACAGUACAAUCAACAGCACAACAGUACUACCGGCGCGCCGAUUUUGAGCUCAGCUUUAAGCUUCUCCACUCGUGGACGAUCGAGCCCAGUAAUACGUUAG